GUUUUGAAACGGCAUGUGAUUUCAAUCGGAGAGGACGAAGAAGAAUGCGACCAUGUUGAAUUAGCAAGAACUAACACAAUAGAGACGGUUUAUUUGGAGUGAAUGUAAUCUAACGAUAAAGUGUUGAUCUGCCGCAAAAAAAUGUGAUAUAUAACAUCAGAGGGAGAGUAAGGUGACACAGGCUUGAGCUGAAUACCGCCUGACUCGCACACAAAGCUACACACUUUGACAGAAGACCUGUGGUGUCAACAAGAGAGGAGGGAGACCCAGCUGAAACAAACAGGACAGACAGAGGGGAUCAUAAAGCUGUUUUGCGUUUUGGUCUACAAUUACCCUUUAUUUGAUUUUCAACAUCAGGAAACUACUUUCACAUGUGGAUGGACAUGUAUAUACACACAGAGUGGAAAACAAAUAUUGAACAAUAAGGACCAUAUCAUUUUGGAUAAAUAUUUGUACAAAGGUUUGAAAAACCAUUUACAAGGACAUCGAUGUUGCGCAAUUCAAAGGGACUCGACGCAAAGCAAGGAAAUGUUUAAUCAAAGAAAGAGAUUUAACUUUUGAACAAAGAUUAUAUUACUGAUACUAUUCUCUCGGUUCAAAUUGUCUUAGCAGUUCUAUUGCAGGACUUGUUUACAUACCAUUUUUAAAAUAUUGUGUGCAGGUAUAAAAUAUUUAUGCAUUUGAAUGCAUAUAGCUCUUCAUUUGGAAGAGCUCUUGUGUUAAGACUUUUCAUACGUCAGUAAACUCUGAAGGGGACUUAUCUGCACGUGUGUGUAUGAAAGAACUACAAAUAUACUUCUGUUGUAAAAGCUUUGGACUAAAAAUAAUGGAGAAUAUUGUUGAAUGCUUUUUUUAGACAUCUACUUUCGAAGAGGCUUUUUAAGAAAAGGAAGAAAAAGCUAAGGGAGGGUAAGACGUAAAUCUUUGAGAGUAAAAACAAAGGAACGACAUGGCAUCCGCAAGAACGGAGAACCUUGGCCCUAUCGGCAUGGGACUGAACAAGCAGAACGGUCAGCUUAGGGGGGUGCCUAAACCGGCCUCUCCUCAAUCAGGAGCCCUCGUCCUGGGCUCUCUGUUAAGCAAGGCUGUAGGUGUACCCCAGAAAGCAGGUGCUUCCCUGGAGGGAACUGGCAUUAGAUUUGGAGAUGACUGGAAAAAGAGCCUACAGCUCCCUCCCAAAGACACUAGAGUCAGAACCUCUGAUGUAACAUCCACUAAGGGAAAUGAGUUUGAGGACUACUGUCUGAAACGGGAGCUCCUGAUGGGCAUUUUUGAGAUGGGCUGGGAGAAGCCCUCCCCUAUCCAGGAGGAGAGCAUUCCCAUAGCCUUGUCAGGACGAGACAUCCUGGCCCGAGCCAAGAAUGGAACAGGGAAGAGUGGGGCCUACCUCAUCCCCAUGCUGGAGAGAAUAGACCUGAAGAAGGAUUAUAUACAGGCUAUUGUGAUGGUGCCCACUCGUGAGCUGGCCCUGCAGGUGAGCCAGAUCAGUAUCCAGAUCAGCAAGCACCUUGGCGGAGUGAAAGUCAUGGCCACCACGGGUGGUACCAACCUGCGAGAUGACAUCAUGCGCCUGGACGAGACUGUGCAUGUGGUCAUAGCCACACCUGGCAGGAUCUUGGACUUGAUAAAGAAGGGCGUGGCCAAAGUGGAUAGAGUUCAGAUGAUGGUGAUGGAUGAGGCGGACAAGCUGCUGUCUCAGGACUUUGUUGUGCUCAUUGAGGAUAUCAUCAGCUUCCUGGGCAAGGGCCGUCAGAUCCUGCUGUACUCUGCCACCUUCCCCAUCAGCGUGCAGAAGUUCAUGGCCAAGCACCUGCAUAAGCCCUAUGAGAUCAACCUGAUGGAGGAGCUGACUCUGAAGGGCAUCACCCAGUACUACGCCUACGUCACUGAGAGACAAAAGGUCCACUGUCUCAACACACUCUUCUCCAGGUUGCAGAUCAAUCAGUCCAUCAUCUUCUGUAACUCCACCCAGAGAGUUGAGCUGCUGGCUAAGAAGAUCACCCAGCUGGGCUACUCCUGCUUCUACAUCCACGCCAAGAUGAUGCAGGAGUACAGAAAUCGUGUGUUCCACGACUUCAGAAAUGGACUCUGCAGAAAUCUUGUCUGCACUGAUCUCUUCACCAGAGGUAUUGACAUCCAGGCCGUCAAUGUCGUCAUCAACUUCGACUUCCCCAAGAAUGCUGAGACAUACCUGCAUCGCAUCGGACGAUCAGGGAGGUUUGGCCACCUGGGCCUGGCCAUCAACCUGAUCACCUCUGAAGACCGCUUCAAUCUGAAGUCCAUCGAGGACCAGUUGGUCACCGACAUCAAGCCUAUCCCUGGCAGCAUCGACAAGAGCCUGUACGUGGCAGAAUUCCACGCCACCAACCCCAAUUGCGAGGAGGGGCUGAAGGAGACUGGCCGCCAACAGGUGGAGCCCUAGAACUCCUCAACUGCGGCAGGAACUGGGGGACUAGUCAGGAUCGUGGGAAAGACCACGCAGGAGUGGCUUUGGAACAAGUCUCAAUGGACUUGAGUGGCCCAGCCAGAGCCCGGACUUGAACCCGAUCGAAGAUCUCUGGCGAGACCUGAAAGUAGCUGUGCAGUGACGCUCCCCAUCCAACCUGACCGUGCUUGAGAGGAUCGGCAGAGAAGAAUGGGAGAAACUCCCCAAAUACAGGUGUGCCAAGCUUGUAGCGUCAUACCCAAUAAGAAUCGGCUGUAAUAGCUGCCAAAGGUGUUCAACAAAGUACUGUGUAAAUGCUCUGAAUACUUAUUUUAAUGUGAUCUUUCAGUUUAUUUUUAAUACAUUUGCAAAAAUGUCAACCUGUUUUUGUUUUGUCGUUUUUACGGGUUGUGUGUGUGUGUGUGUGUGUGUGUGUGUGUGUGUGUGUGUGUGUGUGUGUGUGUGUGUGUGUGUGUGUGUGUGUGUGUGUGUGUGUGUGUGUGUGUGUGUGUGUGUGUGUGUGUACAGUUGAAGUCAGAAGUUUACAUACACUUAGGUUGGAGUCAUUAAAACUAGUUUUUCAACCACUCCACCCAUUUCUUGUUAACAAACUAUAGUUUUGGCAAGUCGGUUAGGACAUCUAAUUUGUGCAUGACACAAUUUUUCCAACAACUGUUUACAGACAGAUUAUUUCACUUAGAAUUCACGGUCUCACAAUUUCAGUGGGUCAGAAGUUUACAUACAUUAAGUUGACAGUGCCUUUAGACAGCUUGGAAAAUUCCAGAAAAUUAUUGCAUGGCUUUAGAAGCUUCUGAUAGGCUAAUUGACGCCAUUUGAGUCAAUUGGAGGUGUACCUGUGGAUGUAUUUCAACGCCUAUCUUAAAACUCAGUGCCUCUUUUUUUGACAUCAUGGGAAAAUCAAAGGAAAUCAGCCAAGACCUCAGAAAAAAAUUGUGGACCUCCACAAGUGUGGUUCAUCCUUGGCAGCAAUUUCCAAACGCUUGAAGGUACCACGUUCAUCUGAACAAACAGUAGUUUGCAAGUAUAAACACCAUGGGACCAUGGGACAAAGCCAUCAUACCGCUCAGGAAGGAGACACAUUCUGUCUCCUAGAGAUGAAUGUACUUUGGUGCGAAAAGUGCAAAUCAAUCCCAGAACAGCAGCAAAGGACCUUGUGAAGAUGCAGGUGGAAACGGGUACCAAAGUAUCUAUAUCCACAGUAAAACAAGUCCUAUAUCGAACUAACCUGAAAGGCCGCUCAGCAAGGAAGAAGCCACUGCUCCAGAACCGCCGUAAAAAAAGUUUGCAACUGCACAUGGGGACAUGGGGACAAAGAUCAUACUUUUUGGAGAAAUGUCUUCUGGUCUGAUGAAACAAAAAUAGAUAUGUUUCUAGGGAAGGCUUACAAGCCAAAGAGAACCAUCCAGCACAGGGGUGGCAGCAUCAUGUUGUGGGGGUGCUUUGCUGCAGGAGGGACUGGUGCAAUUCACAAAAUAGAUGGCAACAUGAUUAGGGAAAAUUAUGUGGAUAUAUUGAAGCAAAAUCUCAAGACAUCAGUCAGGAAGUUUGGUCGCAAAUGGGUCUUCCAAAUGGACAAUGUCCCCAAGCAUACAUUCAAAGGUGUCAAAAUGGCUUAAGGAGAACAAAGUCAAGGUAUUGGAGUGGCCAUCACAAAGCCCUGACCUCAAUCCCGUAGAAAAUGUGUGGGCAGAACUGAAAAGGGGGGUGUGUGUGUGUGUGUGUGUGUGUGUGUGUGUGUGUGUGUGUGUGUGAGAGAGAGCAAGGAGGCCUACAAACCUGACUUCGUUACACCAGCUCUGUCAGGAGGAAUUGGCCAAAAUUCACCCAACUUAUUGUGGGAAGCUUGUGGAGGGCUACCUGAAACGUUUGACCCCAGUUAAACAAUUUGAAGGCAAUGCUACCAAAUACUAAUUUAGUGUAUGUUAACUUUUGACCCACUGGGAAUGUGAUGAAAGAAAUAAAAGCUGAAAAAAUAAUUCUCUACUAUUAUUCUGACAUUUCACAUUCUUAAAGUGGUGAUCCUAACUGACCUAAGACAGGUUAUUUUUACUAGGAUUAAAAUGUCAGGAAUUGUGAAACUGAGUUUAAAUAAUUGGCUACGGUGUAAGUAAACUUCCGACUUCAACUGUAUGUAUGCAUGCAUGCAUGUAUGGGGGGAUUUAAUCAAUUUUAGAAUUGGGCUGCAACAUAAGAUGUGGAUAAAGUCAAAGGGUAUGAAUACUUUCUGAAUUCACUGUAGAUUCUUGUAAUGGCUCACUCACACCAGCCAUCCAUUCCCGCUUACAUUCACAUGCCUUUUGUCACUCAAGUGCCUUGAUUACGCUCCCAUAUGCACUCAUUUCAUCUGUCUUUCUCACACCACAAACAGAAUAAAAUCACAAUUUAAGCUAGAUUGAAACAAUGGUUUAUUCAGAGAUCAUUAUGCAAGUAGAAAGUUCGGUGUGCACUCCUAGGGAAUCUUGUUCCUGUUCGAGAUGUUGUUCAAUAACCAAGGCUCAAUCUCUGACUGACAUCUAGAAUGUGAGUACUUUUAAUAUAAACAUCGCAAUAAAAAAGUGCAGCUUUUACUUUGAUGCAAUGUGAUUGUUUUCCUGUCAUAGUAAUCAAUUGUGUGGAGAAAAUAAGAUAUAAAUCCGAUGUAAGACCGCAUAGGUAACUAGACUAGGCCCAUUGUAAAAACUGUGGAUGGUAGCCUACAAUUAGGUUGCUAUAGCACAGGACAAGAAUUUCCCUAUGUAUAAACAAUCUUAGACCAGUACAGGAGCAGUUCAUGAAAAAGAAAGUUACAGUAGUGUCCAGUUACUGAGCUUGUGCUGCAUUUGACUAGUAAAACAAUCUUCUGGGCUUUCAUACUUUGGGGGUGCAUGAUCUAGCCCCAUUAUGUUGUUAUUAUGACGCUAGGUACAAAUGGCAGCCUAUUCCCUAUAAAGUGCACUUCUUUUGACCAGGGCCCAUAAAGUAGUGAACUAUAUGGAAUAGACACAUGUCUGCAGCUAUGGAAAGAACUGGUGGAAUUUACAAUCUGAUCAGUCGUAUGCACCCAAUUUCUGAAAGAUGCACAGGGUAUUGUUGGCGAUAACGAUGAGUUUUUUUUAUUUUUUACCUUUUUAUUUAAGCAAGGAGUCAUGCUGAAACCAUGGUCUCUUUCCUAGAUGAGCCCUGCAUGCACACAUCAGUAAACACUACAUAUCUACUGAACAAAAAUAUAAACGUAACAAUUUCAAAGAUUUUUCUGCAUUAGUUCAUGUAAGGAAAUCAGUCAAUUGAAAUACAUUUAUUAGGCCCUAAUCUAUGGCUACAGAAACUUAUCUGUUGGUCACAGAUACCUUAAAAAAUGUAGAGUCAUGGAUCAGAAAACCAGUCUGUCGUGCUGCAUGAGGCAAAUGGUAGUCCCAUCUCCUUUUCAUAGUUGAUCAGGCUGUUGAUUGUGGCCUGUGGAAUGUUAUCCCACUCCUCUUCAAUGGCUGUGUGAAAUUGCUGGAUAUUGGCGGGAACUGGAACACGCUGUCAUACACAUUGAUCCAGAGCAUCCCAAACAUGUUAAACGGGUGUCUGGUGAGUAUGCAGUCCAUGGAAGAAUUGGGACAUUUUCAGCUUCAAAGAAUUGUGUACAGAUUCUUGUGACAUGGGGCUGUGCAUUAUAAUGCUGAAACAUGAGUUGGCGGUUGUGGAUGAGUGGCACGACAAUGGGCCUCAGGAUCUAGUAACGUUAUCUUUGAUAAAAUGAUAAAAUGCAAAUGUGUUCGUUGUCUAUAGCUUAUGCAUGCGCAUACCAUAACCCCCACCACCAUGGGGCACUCUGUUCACAACGUUGUCAUCAGCAAACUGCUCGCUCACACGACGCCAUACACGUGGUCUGCGGUUGGACGUACUGGCAAAUUCUCUAAAACUACAUUUGAGGCAAAUUAUGGUAGUGAAAUUAACAUUGAAUUCUCUGUUGGACAUUCCUGCAGUCAGCAUGCCAAUUGCGCGCUCCCUCAAAUUGACAGCUGUGGCGUUGUGACACAUCUGCACAUUUUAGUGGCCUUUUGUCCCCACCACAAGGUGUGUAAUGAUCAUGCUAUUUAAUCAGCUUCUUGAUAUGUCACACCUGUCAGGUGGUUAGAUUAUUUUGUCAAAGGAGAAAUGCUCACUAAUGGAUGUAAACAGAUUUGUGUAUAAAAAAAAGACAAAUAAGCUUUUUGUGCGUAUGGAACAUUUCUGGGAUCUUUAUUUCAGCUCAUGAAACAUGGGACCAACACUUAACAUGUUGCAUUUCAUAUUUUCAGUAUACAUAUCAAUUACACUACACUUUAAAAGCAAACACAAAAUAAUACAAAAAUAAAUAUCAAAUGAAACAAACUCGAUCUUCUGCCUGAAUUGCCCUAGAGGCAAUCUUGCAGUUUACUUUGUGCAAAACAACAUGGUUUAACAUAUUUUUAAGACCUGCUUUUUCUUUCUCAAGGGUCCCUUAAGUCAUCUUUUUUGUUUUUUUAGGUAGACGUUUCAUGUUGGUAAGACUGGCCUAGUUUUGUGGGUAUGUCUUUAGGGUAAGAGUCUAAUUAGAAUCGAUCUCCUAAGUGUGUUUCUUUUUCAUCUCCAUAAUGGCAAUUUUAAAGUUUAAAUGUAUUAAUUGUUGGUAUUUACUGUGCAGCCCAAUGGUGCAUGCCAAGCCCAAAAUGUAUUUUGACUAAAAACGAGGUAACACACCAUGCUUUUAUUUAAAAAUCUUCAGAGCUCUUGAGUGUGCUGUUCCUCACUCUGGCUCUGAUACAUAUGAGCUGAGAACUUGGCAGACCUCUCAUUUGUUAUCUCUGCUAUUCAUUAGGUGGGAGGACCCUGGUGUUUUUUUAUUUUAUUUUAUUACAUUUCAGACAGUUUUGUUAUUGUGCAAGGCUGAGGGACUAAUCUCAUGUGGCGUGGGUUUGCUCACAUCAGAAUUAUAUAUGAAAGCGAAUUGUAGCAUCUUCAAACUGGCAGCUGUGAUAUUUUCUUUGUCCCGCAAAAAUGUUCGGUGCGGAUAAAAGCAGAUGCAUUAUUUUUUUUGCUUUUAAAUUAUUUUUGGAAAUGUUUGCUGACCCGGGAGGGGGCAGUGCUUUGGGGCACUAGGUUUGUGUGGGUUUGCGAGCCACAUUGUCUUCAAUAUGAGGCGCUGAGGCAUCUUGAAUAUUUUCUUUACUCUGGUACUUAAAUUGGAACUGAGAUUUUCAGCAACAUGAAACCUUAUUAAUCUGUUCAUAUACACCCCCAGGAAGAAUAUUUAAUAUUUUCGGACGAUCGAGCACUUAGAUAUGGACAUUUUCAUAAAUUCAUAGAAUGUUUGGGAAUGACGUAUAUAGUAAGGCAUUUGUCAAAAUUCUAUAGCAGUUUAGAGUGGGAAAGUGGCCAAGCGUUGGCUAGCCUUUCAGUGAAAAAAACAAUACCCGCCUGUCAACUUUUCAUUGCGUACUGCCAGUAGACUUAAAUGGUUCUUCACCAACAUCUUCAGUGUUUUAACCAAAUCAUGUCUCAUUUGAUUUACAGACAAAUCUUAUGUUUUUGAGAAAGUAAAAAAGUUUAAUACUAACAUAUGAAUAAUUUAGGUAAAAAGUUGGAUAUUAAAUGUGUGGUGUCACACAGUCUAAUUUUACAAUAUACAGUGUGUCCCACAAUUUUUUUUUUUAUAAAUAUAGAAAUACACAAUCGUGGACAAAAGUUGAAUGACACAAAUAUAAAUUUUCACAAAGUCUGCUGCCUCAGUUUCUAUGAUGGCAAUUUGCAUAUACUCCAGAAUGUUAUGAAGAGUGAUCAGAUGAAUUGCAAUUAAUUGCUAAGUCCCUGUUUGCCAUGCAAAUGAACUGAAUCCCCCCAAAAACAUUUCCGCUGUAUUUCAGCCUGCCACAAAAGGAUCAGCUGACAUGUCAAAUAACCAACAACUGAAAGCAAAAUGUAUAGAAUUGUAAACAAAAAUAAGACAUCAAAAGCAAAACCCAUACAGCAAAUCAUUUUAAAGCGCAAGCAAAACUCUUGACAAAAUAUUUGAAUUCCCUCUGUCGUUCUGCCACUGAACCCACUGUUCCUAGGCUGUCAUUGAAAAUAAGAAUUUGUUCUUAACUGACUUACCUCGUUAAAUAAAGGUCAAUUACUGACUUGUGAUCAUUGCCCCUGCAAGUUUUAUUGUAUUCUCAUUCUUAGUUACAGUCGUCCGUUUUUGUUCAAAAUAUUGAGUCAUUGAAACUGAAACGGUGCAUCCUGAGUGGGUUGUGGCAGCCAGCAAUGUACCAGGCCAGCUGUGAUUGACAACCUAAAAGGAAUCUUUUUUUUAUUGGGGAAUUAUAUUAAUCAUGCAUGGAACUGCAUUCAUCUAUUCUUUCAACAACCAAUAAUGCCUUAUUGUAAGUCAUGGAAUUAAGUCAAAUAGUACCUCUUAUAAAGUUGGUUUUGAAGCAUAAACAGGGAUUUUGUUUUAUUUUAUAUUUUAUUUUAUUUAUAUGAAUGUUUGUUUCAUGUCUGCAAAGUAGUUAAAACGCUGCCAGUUCCACUUUAAGAACUCCAGCACGACAGUGGACCAACCAAUAAGGUUUGCAACAGAUCUGAAACUCAACACAUUUGUAAUUUCUCCCAAAUUACAAAGAAAGAAUCAUAUUUCGAUCAUGUUUUUUUUACUGGGAAGUGCUACCCCAGCUCAGUCAUACUGGUUAGCUAGGUCAAUCUUUUUACGAGGUGGUUGGUAUCAUUUUGAGGAAAUUAGUUUGUAAAUGAUUCAUAGUUCACACAAGUCGUUUACAAAAACAUGAAUUUGCUUCAUUGGUAGAGUUUAAAUAUAUCCUUUUUUUAUAUACUGACUUACAGGAUUUAUAUUGAACCUAAACCAAAAAUAUAAUAAUUGUAUGUUUUUGUGUGCUUUGCGUGAGUGACUGUCAGUAAGGGUUUUAUAUGUGCGUGUGUGUUGUAGAGAGAAGGGUGGUGUGUGAGAGACGAGGUUGGUUGGUGUGUUUGAGAAUAAGUUAGUGUCCCGUCACGUUUGUUUGUUGGUGUGGAUGUGAUUGCAUGUGUGUCUGAAUAUGAAUGACUGUGCUGUAAGAUUGUUUGGGUGGGUGUACAAUUGGCUGAAUGUGAAUGUCUGUAUGCAACUGUGUUUCUGUCUGCUUGUUUGUCAGUUAUUGUGAGAGUGACAUACAAGGUCUGAAUACCCUUAUUUCUGUUUUCCUGGCCUGUUUUCUGACAGAAUAGGUCAACACUCGCUUAUAUAGUGUAAACCCCAAACUUGCCCAAGGCAGAGUUUGCUUCAGAUUCCCCUAACCUAAUGUUCUUUCCAAUCAGUUGGCACAAAGGGGGCUAGAAAAUGGGCAAUGUUAGGUGUUGAGACCGAGUAUUUGGUCUGUCAGUGGGUAAAUGUCUUUGUAUGUCACCGUCUAGUCCUGUGUAUGCUCUUGACCAUUGAGUCAAGUUGUGACCGUGUGAAUGAGUACAAAUGGGGGAGGGAGGGUUCAAUUGUUUAAAUUCAAGAUGUUUGGAAAGGGUAAUCAUGUUCACUCUUUAAGAACACAAGUAAGAACUAGACAAUAAGGCCUAUGGCGGGGAAUGGUAGAAGGGGUUUUGGGUACAAUGCAAUUAAGGCAACAAAUGAUGGUAUUGCAGCAUUGGUUUUGGAGAAAAUAAACAAACUAGUAGAGAAUUCUGAAACCACAAUAUCCCUGAUCCCCAAAUUGCAAUACAGCUAAUUGACAGUGACGCCUCAAAUGUAUCUCCAGUUGCACCAAUUCUGAAUUGGAUGUAUAGCUGUGUUGUGCUUUUCUAAUGCUGACUCAUGUUACAUGCCGAGACUGCAUUCAAACUGUGAGACUCUGAAUUCUGCGAAAGCUGGAGAGAAUGAUUUGUAUUCUCUUCCUGGAACCUGGAUAGGAACGACUGGUCUUGAAAUUCUAAUUUGCUUGCUAAAAUUCACACCCUUAAAUUACCCAUUUUUAACUGCAAAAUUACUUGUUUGGUGAAAAUGUUCACAACACCUUGAAUGACGAGUAAAACAUUUUCUGUAGACAUUUUCAGGGGGAGAAGCCAUUUUGGAAUUCAGUUGUCCUGUUUUUUUCUGUAGUUAUUGUAUGUGGGAAUGUACACCUUGGUGGCUAUAACCUUUUCUUUCUCAUUUGUUCUUUUCAAACCUGUUCAGCCCCAGGAGUGAGAAUUACAGAAUCAGUUUUAACACUGACACUUUGACCAGGUAGUUCUCUGAUGUCUUACAAAUCAGACGAGUAGUCAGCCACGAUAUUGGAACAUGUACGGUUGAUCUCCUGAUGAUAAAGUCAAUGGGUACAGUGGCAUCAUUGAUUCACUUACAAUACCCCCCCCCCAGUCUCCCUAGAAUCACAAGCAAUACAAGAAGCGUAUUUUAAAUGUUUAUACUUCUAUCACUCUGUCCUAAACUGUAGUUUGAUGACAUUGGAAUUAAUGCAGGGGGUUAUAAAACAUAAUAAAAGUGAAUUUGAAUUCAAA